AUGUCUUCGUUGAUUUACAUAAGGUCCCUUGGCUUCUUCUUGGCUGUGGCGGCAAUGAUGGUCCGCCAGGCAAUGGCCGUGGUCUAUUCUUCCCCUGUAUUCCGCACCACUACGUGGCAGCUUGCUCAUGCUACAUUUUAUGGCGAUGAAACUGCUUCUGAAACUAUGGGGGGAGCGUGUGGUUACGGGAACCUGUUCAACAACGGGUACGGGACUGACACGGCGGCUCUUAGCUCGGUUCUUUUCAACAACGGCUUCGCAUGUGGACAAUGCUUCCAGAUAAAGUGUGUCGACUCUGAGUGGUGCUUCAAUGGGUCGCCCAUAACAACUGUGACGGCCACAAACCUGUGCCCGCCCAAUUGGUCUCAGGACUCUAACAACGGCGGCUGGUGCAACCCACCACGUACCCACUUCGACAUGGCCAAGCCCGCCUUCAUGAAGAUCGCGCAAUGGAAAGCCGGCAUCGUGCCCGUCAUGUACCGUAGAGUGCCAUGCGUGCGCAUGGGUGGGCUUCGAUUCAGCUUCCAGGGGAACGGUUACUGGCUGCUCGUGUACGUGAUGAAUGUGGGUGGCGGAGGUGACGUGGCCAGCAUGUGGGUUAAGGGUACGAAAACCGGGUGGAUAAGCAUGAGCCACAAUUGGGGUGCUUCUUACCAGGCCUUCGCCAACCUCGGAGGACAGGCGCUUUCAUUCAAGAUAACAUCGUACACUUCGCACAAGACGAUUGUUGCGUACAAUGUAGCGCCAGCUACUUGGCAAGCCGGCAUGACGUACUCUGCUAAUGUUAACUUCCACUGA